UCCACCUCUAGUUGUGUGUGUGUGCGGAUGGGAUGUAAAUUCUAAUAUCCGAUAAUUAGGAAAGUGAACUGAACCCAAAGUGUCUCUUAUCGCGACUGUCAUGCACUUUCCGCAGCCAAUGAGCUGGCCACAAUCCCGUUGAAAUUCUACCAAGAACGAAAGGAAAAUCAAGGAAAUCCCCGGGAAGGAGCCAAACAAAGUACAACGCAAUACCACUGCGAUGGCGACGAGUGAAGGGGCGAGCGAGUGUUGAAAAAAUCGGAUUGGGUUAAGGAAUUGGCCAGAAAUCGGCCCAAGAAGUUAGCCAACAGCAGGGAAAACACUAAUCAAUCCGAGGCCCAAACGCACAGAAUCGCUGUCGGUGGCACACAGAUGAGACAUGCUAAUAGUGCGGAUGGUAAGGACAAAUUGCAGCAGCAGCGGACAUAGCGGACUAGAGCAAUAACAGUAUAGACGAAGACCCGAUCGUCUCCAGAAGUCGUGUCCUGUGUGGCAGAAUGUCCCAGAGGAGUUGUCACAUACUCACCCUUCUGGGUUUGUGCCUGGUCUGUCAUGAGGCGGCCGUGGUCAGGGGCCACGUGCUGGUCUACCGAAAAACAACGAGCCAGUUGAUUGAAGAGUUUAAUGACAUGCCAGCACAGUUCGGCCCCCAUCUGCCAUCAAAUGGUCUCAAAGUGUACGUGGUUCCCGCCAAGCGCCCUUACUACGGUUGUGAUAGUCUGGACAGGCCGCCGCAUCUUAAUUACCCAUCCACAGCCAAAUUCGUGGCACUAGUAUCGCGCGGCGGCGAUUGCACCUUUGAGCGCAAGGUUCGAGUGGCCCAGAACGCAAGCUAUUCUGCUGUGAUUGUUUACAAUAACGAAGGCGAUGACUUGGAACAAAUGUCCGCCGACAAUUCGUCUGGCAUAAGAAUACCCUCUGUUUUCGUGGGCCAUACAACAGGUAUAGCGCUGGUCACUUACAUGACGCCCGAGGUGGUGCUGAUCAUCAACGAUGAGCUGCCCUUCAACAUUAAUACCCAGCUGAUAUUGCCCUUCUCCAUACUGAUUGGCCUGUGCUUCAUCAUCAUGGUUGUCUAUAUGAUCUACAAGUGCAUCCGUGAGCAGCGCCGCCUGCGUCGCCAUCGACUGCCAAAGAGCAUGCUGAAGAAGUUGCCGGUGCUCCGAUACACCAAGAACAAUGCGAACAACAAAUAUGACACCUGCGUGAUCUGUUUGGAGGACUUCAUCGAGGACGAUAAGCUGCGUGUGCUGCCCUGCUCGCAUCCUUAUCACACACACUGCAUCGAUCCAUGGCUUACUGAAAACCGACGUGUCUGUCCCAUCUGUAAGCGCAAGGUUUUUACGAAGGGCGAAGCGCGUGCAAGUCGGAGUCGACAGCCUUCUUUGGAUAAUGUCACCGACACAGAUGACGACACGACGCCCCUACUGCAGCAACAACAGACCAACAGCAGGCAGGUGAGCUCCGCCUCCUCGGCUGCUGGAGCAACUGCCGGGAGCAGCUCGAGUGUAGCGGCGGCGGCCAACGCAGGAACAACGCGACACGGAACCUUCCGGCGUGGAGACGGUGGCCGAAAUCCCUUCGAGGAAUCCCAAAGCUCUGACGAUGAGAACGCCCUGCUGGACUCCGCUAUGCGUCCGGCCACGUCCUCUGGAGCACACGAACGGAUCAAUCCCUUCGAUCGUGCUCCCAAUCUGCCGGCCCACCUAGCUGAACAGUUAACUGAAAGUCGGCCCUCGGUCUGGUCGAGAAUCAAUUUCGGAUCGUUCUUCCGCCGCCAGCCGACUGUGAUUAGUGUGGCGGCGCCACCCUAUCUGGAGCACGUUGAGUCGGGUACCAGUGCCAUGGGUCUGCCGGCGACGGGGACAAUUGCUGUAGCCUCGCCCGCAUCGAACAACAUCCUCAAUCCGAAUUUAAGCGGCUCCUUUAAGGACGACGACGAUAUGCCACCGCAUCGCUCGAUCUACGAACCGAUAGCAAUCAGCACGCCUGCCGCGGACUCGCAAGCAGCCGAUGAUUCGGCGUUCCUGCAAACGCCCACGCAGGGCGGCAUAGGCGUGGCUGCCCUGCCGCACAGCGCAUCUGAUCGCCAGUUUCUCAUAUGAGGCGAGCUAGUUCGCCGCGAGUCCUUAGCCUGUAGGUUGUAGGUGGUCGCCGAUCCUUGAACCAUGAACCCGGGUCCGGUUUUUCGUUUGGGUUCGCGAUCAAUGCUGUGGCUGCCAGCUGCUUUGUUUUAAACAAUUAACAAAUGUUUAUUAUUAAUAUUAAUAAAUAUGUAGCCGAUCCUUGUGUUGGACUGUGCGCUGUCCGACUUCCAGGGCACCCACCCAAAAAAAAAAACCCACACAGACACGAAACACACACACGUCAUUUAUAUGCGUAUACAAAUUGUGAUUUAUUUUAUAUACAUUUUACAAUUAACCCAAUUGGCACACUAAAUACCGCCUCGCCUGCAAACUCCCAACCAAAAAUGUAACCGAUAGAUGAAAGGCGAAAAAUACAAAGUUAAGAUUUAAUUGUUUACCUGAUUCGCGUUAAUCAUUCAGUUAAAACAGCUUAAUAUCCAAGCAACACUCAGAUACACCUAUUAAACUGAUUCACGAACAUAGUCAUGUUUUACCCAAAAAGUGGUGUUUUUAUUUUGAUGUUUUUGAGAACUGUUUUCCAACAAAAUCACAAUGAAAUUAAUUAAAACAAUCGAUCAUGUGGCAUUGGCCUGUAUAUUGUACAUUAUUCUCGAUUUAACUAAUUUUAAGUUUACUAUAUAGCAUGUGAAACUGAAAUCCAAUGAUGCAAUAGAUUUUCGACCCAUGUUUUCAGAGGCGAAACAAUUUUUUUUCAAAUAUGAUCAAAUUAUAUUU